CUCGUUCAGUUCAGUUUGUUUCCGAGUCGACUCGGGUCGGAUCGAAUGGAGGGCUUCAAGAGUUGAGACUUCUCGUCGGCCUCAUCGGACUGCCAUUUCCUAGCUUCGCAGGUCCUCCAGGUUCGGACGCCUCUGUUUCCCGGUGCUCCAAGUUCCACUCCUUGCCGGUGGAAAGUGCGAGAUCUUCUUCAGUUGGUUCCCCUCUUGAGCAAAAUCAAGAAAGCCCUUAUAUCCUCUCUAAGCUUCUCCAGGUGCCUCACAUGAUCUUGGUAUUUUCUUUGUUUAUGCUCAGGUUGGUUCUUGGAUUACAACAUCCUAUAAUUCAGCAGGUCAUGAUAGCCAACAGUUUGUAGUUUUCGUGGUACAAGAUAUACAAGAUGCUUGACUGUGGUUACAAAGCACAAUAUAUGGAUGGCCAGAAAGAGAAAUUUGUGAGGCUGGAAGAAUCAAGCCCUACAUUUUCCUGUACUUCUGACACUGGCAGAAUGAAUAGAUGUGCAUUCAAUGUUGAGGGACUUAGUCGAGGAUCAAAGAGCUCAACAAAAUCCUCCAAGGGAGGGUUGAGAAAGGGAUCUGAAGGAUUUAAGUUGCUAGGUCGAUCUCUUCGGUUCGGUGCUUCCAAGGAAGUUUUUCCAGAAGAUCUGAAAGUAUCUGAGAAGAAAAUUUUUGAUCCUCAAGACAAAUUUCUUUUCCAUAUGAACAGGCUUUUUCUAAUAUCAUGUAUUCUUGCAGUAUCAGUGGAUCCAUUAUUUUAUUAUCUUCCCAUCAAAGAUGAAAAUGAAAAAUCAAUGUGUCUUGGUAUAGACCGAAAGCUAGCAGUUGUAUCAACUACAUUGCGAACAAUCAUUGAUUUUUUCUAUCUUAUUCGAAUGGCUCUUCAAUUCCGCACUGCUUACAUUGCUCCAUCAACCCGGGUUUUUGGCAGAGGUGAACUUGUUAUUGACCCUACACAGAUUGCAAAGCAGUACCUAAGGAGCAACUUUGUUGUUGACUUUCUUUCGGUGCUACCACUUCCACAGAUUGUAGUUUGGAGGUUUCUUCAAAGAUCUAAAGGUUCUGAUGUAUCGGCCACAAAGAAUGCAUUGUUGGCCAUUGUUCUGCUACAGUAUAUUCCUAGAUUACUUCGCAUUCUUCCUUUAACAUCAGAACUGAAAAGGACAGCUGGUGUCUUUGCGGAAAGUGCUUGGGCUGGUGCUGCGUACUAUCUAUUGUGGUAUAUGCUAGCUUGUCAUAUAGUUGGUGCUUGCUGGUACUUGUUGUCUGUUAAGCGUGAAGAUGAUUGUUGGCAUUCAGCUUGUAAGAAUAACAGCACUGUCUGUAACAUAAAUUACUUGUAUUGUGGUAAUGAGCAUCUUGAUGGUUAUGACAAAUGGAAGAAUGCCAGUGGACAGGAUCUUCUGAAUUACUGUUCACCUGAUGAUAACAAUCAGUCCUUCAAUUUUGGAAUCUUUGCACAGUCUUUGACCUCUGGUGUUGUUGCAUCAAGAAAGUUCUUUUCCAAACUUGCUUAUUGUUUCUGGUGGGGUUUGCAGAAUCUGAGUACCCUUGGCCAAGGGCUGCAAACAAGUACUUUUCUGGAGGAGGUUAUCUUCUCAAUUGCAAUUGCUGUGUUUGGACUCAUUCUUUUUGCCCUCCUUAUAGGUAACAUGCAGACAUAUCUUCAGUCGAUAACAAUACGACUUGAAGAGAUGAGAGUUAAAAGACGUGACUCGGAGCAGUGGAUGCACCACCGGAUGUUACCAUCAGAACUCAGGGAACGAGUUAGACGAUAUGAUCAGUAUAAGUGGUUGGAGACGAGAGGAGUGGAUGAAGAAGGUCUGGUUCAGAGCCUUCCCAAGGACCUUAGGCGGGAUAUCAAACGUCAUCUCUGUUUAGCUUUGGUGACGAGGGUCCCUCUGUUCGAGAACAUGGAUGAGCGUUUGCUAGAUGCGAUUUGUGAACGGCUAAAACCUACUCUUUAUACAGAGAAUACUUAUAUCUUGAGGGAGGGUGAUCCUGUAGAUGAGAUGCUCUUCAUCAUCCGAGGACGCUUGGAGAGUAUAACCACCGAUGGUGGAAGAAGUGGGUUUUUCAAUCGAAUUCUUUUGAAAGAACGUGAUUUCUGUGGUGAAGAGUUGUUGACCUGGGCUUUGGAUCCAAAGUCCGGUGGUAAUCUGCCAACUUCCACUAGGACAGUGAAAGCCUUGAAGGAGGUCGAAGCUUUUGCAUUAAAUGCUGAUGAAUUAAAAUUUGUGGCAAGCCAGUUCAGGCGCCUCCAUAGCAGACAAGUGCAGCAUACAUUUCGCUUCUAUUCGCCGCAGUGGAGGACCUGGGCUGCUUGCUUUAUCCAAGCUGCAUGGCGGCGCUACAGCAAGCGGAAGAUAGCAGAACUCCGACGGAAGGAAGAAGAGGCAGGACUCAGGAAGAACUUGGUCAGAGGCACAUCAAGCCUAGCUGCAGCCAUCUACGCAUCGCGAUUUGCAGUAAAUGCCCUCCGCAGCGUUCAUCGACUCCGGAACAGAAGUGUCAUGGAGUUGGUGAGAUUGCAAAAACCACCAGAGCCUGAUUUCACUGCAGAGGAUGCUGAUUAAAUCUAAUUCCCCUUAUCCAUGGCAGAAGUAAUACCAAGUAUGGCAAAGAUGUGUGAUGCACACCUUCGUUCCUCUCUUGGUUUUGGUUCUGAGCAUGCAUGGGGUAUUAAACUUCAAUGUAAACUAAGCAGUAGUUUAUGCAGGACCUGAUGGUGACCAAAAACUAAUUAGGGUAAUGGGAGUGGCGAGUCUGUCAUUUAUGCCUGUAUAUUUGAUAUCUUCCAAUAUCGUGUGCAUUAUGGAUCUCUGACUUUUUAAGCUAUUUAGUGUAAUAAGCAUCAUCAUGGAUCCAUAAGCAAUGCUGUGAGAUAAAGAUGAUCAUUACAGUGAGAAGGCUUCCGUCCAUGCAUAAUAAUUCGAUAGCACUAUUAUUGUCAUCAUCUGUCUCAUGAGCACAUAGAGCUGCUAUCUCAAGUUGGUUUCUCUUCCUCUUCAUAUCAUCAACAUCAUUGUCACUGGCCUUCUUCCCAAUAGAUUUCUCCGUGCACUAAGAGACGUAACUGAGUAUAAUGUUUCCUAUCUCAGGAAGACUUUUGGAAUUGGUGUGCCGAACACAAUCAUAUCGAUUGGCGAUGUUUGACAAAGAUUGUCAUAUCCAGUUGCAUUUAUUGACCGACGUCGGAAGACAUACAGACGAAGCAAGCAGCAAACUUCACUGAGAAGAUAGCCAUGACUCGUAGGUUUGACAGAAAUCCCACCUUCCGGUCCAGUCUGCAGUCUAUAUAACCAUUCAGACUUCAUCCAUCUCUAGAAGGAACAAGAAGAACCACAAGAUGCACGAUCACCGCCACCACCCGCAUGGUCCGGGACCCGGAGGUCCUGACCCGCCCAGGGGACCGCCGGCUCCCGGUCCUCCACCUCCCUUUGCACCACCGUCGCCGCCACCGCCGCAUCCUCCUGGACCGCACGGUCCACCGCCACCUCCUGGGCUCUUCCCACCUCCACCCGGCGGCCCUCCACUGCCACCGCCUCCAGGCCCCUUCGCGCCUCCUCCUCCUGGCCGACAUGGCCCGCCACCUCCUUGAAGGAUCGCCUGACUAUGAUCGUGCGGGUGCUCAUGUUCUAAGGGUCCAAAUAAAGUCUCUGCAGCUGUUCAUGUUGCGGAUGAACUUAACAUAAAUCAAUCAUCAAUCCUUGUCUCCUCGUCUUUGUAAGACAUGAUGUAGUCGUCACCUUUGUGCUAUAAUAGUUUGAUUGUGUAA